AGGCAGACGGUCACACUUUAAAUUAUAUCAGCUGUUAAUUGUGUUUAUAUAUUGGAUUUCUUUAAUUAAAAUAUGGUUCUAAAAAUUACUGAUCUGAACGAUGAUUGUAUUGCCUGCAUCCUCAAGCAAGUGCCGCAGGAUAGCCACUUGAGCUUUUCACAAACAUGUAAACGCUUUCGGAAAAUUUAUUUAGACUAUGCGGCAGUGCUAUACAAAAGUCUGGAUUUGAGAAAUACCACUGAAACUAAUUUUAAAGCAGAAAUGUUUUUACUUAGCCAAGUUUAUAAGCAUGUAAAGUGUCUGUUUGUGAAUUUAAGCAGAAAAAAGGCAGAUGAACAAGCUUUGGAACAAAUCACAAAAAUUCUGCCAAAUAUGCCUCGACUAGAAAAUCUUAUAUUGAGCACAAGAGAAGAUGAGCCCAGCACCACAUUUGCAUGUCUUUGUGAUAUACUGAUUAAACUGCCAAGGAUAAAAGGGAUACUAACACUAGAAGACAAUUGCAUCGUGAGUGGCUUGUAUCACUUUCGGCAAUACAAUGACUUCCUGACAGAAGUAAACGAAAGCCGAGGGCCGCUUAUUGAGUUCCACGAUAACGGCACCAAGUUGCGUGUGCUAACAUUUGGUGACAACUCGCUUCACAAACUUUACAGCAACGCUGUACGUUACUUAGGUAGCGUCAAGGAGCUCAAUAUACAUAUGACAACAAAAGCAACGGAGUAUGCACCACUUGCUCAAGUGCCACAGCUCAAGGAAUUAAGAAUCUCUUCUGCAGUGGAUAACGAUAAUGGCAGCCUCAUGCCGUUAAUCUCUGCAAUACAUGCCAAUCAUUCACAGCAGUUAAUAAGUCUGUCCAUAAUUGGGCCAAGACUAAACUAUGAAGAGACGAAACUGAUAGCGAGCAUGAAAGCUUUAGUACACUUGGAAUGCGACUACAAGGAGUCACGUUGCUUAGAAUUGUUAACUGAAUUAACACACAUAAAAGGGCUCUUCCUUGAUGUAACUACAAAUGAGAAGCAGAUAUUUGAUGAGCUUGUCCUAAACCUAUUGCAGCAUUGUCGCAAUUUGUGUGUGUUUGAUGUAAGCUCAAUACAAUUAAGCGGCCGUUUUCUCAACGAAGCUUACCAAUUGCUAAAAGCAAUACGGGAUCCGAGUAAACAAAAACCAUUAAGGUUUUUUUAUAGCAAUGGAGUAUUUGAAGACACUGCAAUGGAUUACAGAGACUAUGUGAUUCCACGUUUUAUAUCAAGGAAUGAAUUAUGAUUCUGUUAGUACUACCACUAAGCAUACUUAGUG